CUAAAUAUUGUUAGGAUAGUUCAGGAUAUUCUUAAUUCAAGAUAGCAAUGAAUAAACAGGUAAAAUCACUCCACUAUAUGAAACAUUUUAAAUGCAUAUGCUGAAGUAAUAUUUAUUUAAAUUUUUUAGGUAAGAAGAAUCGACACUUCGAAGAGAACGAAAUGUUCGUGUCUUACAAACACCGUGUCCAGUAUAAUUGGUCAACUUGGUAUAACAAUUAGUCGAUAUCCCCUUUAUUUUGUCAUUGCUCCUGUCAUUCUUUCUGGCUUAUUAUCAAUUGGGCUGAUUAGAAUUCAAACCAACGACGACAUCGAUUAUCUCUUAGCUGCGGACAGAGGUAAAGUUUUUGAAUCAAAACAGUUUAUAGAAAAGACAUUCCCUAUGAAUUCAGGUACUUUCGAUUUUAUACGUCUUAUUAAAUUCCCAGAUUUUCCAGUGAUCUACAUAGUAAAUAAUAGAAAAAGCAACAUUUUACGAAAAAAAUUUCUAAACGAAAUACGAACUGUAGAUAAGAUUGCAAAAAAUACCAUAGCUCAUGUAGAUGGGAAGAAUAUUAGUUACGUGGACGUGUGCCAGAGUGUAGACGGCAAGUGUUCAGAAAAUACUCUUAUUAAUCUGCUAAACAACUCCGAAAAUACUAUUCAUGAAAUAUUAUCAUUGAAAUAUCCCGUUAAUAUAGAUCCUGUAACAUACGCGUACAAACUCCUUUGUUCGAAUUUAGGAGGGGUGACGACAGACGACAAAGGAUACGUAACUGAAGCAAAAGCCGUUCGUUUAAUAUAUCCAACGGAUGAAUCGCAUGCAAGUAAGAAAAUGUGGAAUAAAGUAUGGACAAAGGCAGUUUACAACAGGUUGAGGGAUUAUAGUUUUCAGCAUAUUAAAACAUUUUCCGAGCCAGUAGCGUCUACCGGUUUUCAAAUAAAACGAAUUUCACAGAAAUUAGUUCCUUUAAUAAGCGUUGCUGUGGUCGUAGUGGCUAUUUUCUGCAUGUCGACGAACAUGACUAACAAUUGGAUAAAGUCCAAACCCUGGUUAGGCGUAGCUUCUGUCGUAUCUGCGGGUCUGGCUGUGACCACCGCUUUUGGAUUAUUAUCGGCCUGUGGAGUAGAAAAUCUUCGGUGGAACAUCUGCCUUCCUUUCAUGAUUCUUGCUACGGAAGUGGACGACUCGUUUGUGGUAUUGGCUUGUUGGAAGGUAACAGACUGCAAUCACAGCGUAGAAAAGCGAAUGGAACAGACGUAUCGCAACGCAGCAGUGUCCAUCACCAUAACGUCUCUGACGAAUUUCUUCUCCUAUUGUAUUGCCAUGACGUCACCAUUCCCGGGUAUAAGAAUAUUCUGUUUCUAUGCCGCAACGUGCGUGUUCUUCAGUUAUUUCUUUCAGUUGUUUUUUUUCGGCGGAUGUUUGGCAUUAAGUGGAUACAGAGAAGAGAAGGGUCUUCAUCCUUUUACAUUUAAACCAGCUUUUGAAACUAUUGGACAAAGUGACUAUUGUAAAGAAGAAAGUGAAGACUGUUUUAUGAAGUUCUUCAGAGAUACAUUUUCAGCUUUUAUUUUUCAUCCUGUAUCACGAAUUCUUAUUAUUUUAUCGUAUUUUAUAUUACUGUCAAUUAGUUUAUGGGGUGUUAUGUCCUUACAGGAGGGACUAAAUGUUUACAAAUUCGAUUCAGAAAGCUCCGAACUUACACAGGGAUAUCAUGUUUUAUAUAAAUAUUUUACCGAAUACCCUUUUGCGGUUCAUGUCGUAAUUAACGAAACUUUAGAUUAUUCUAAUCCACGAGUUCAGGAGUCAGUUAAUGAUUUCAUGCAAAAAUUUCACACAAUUGAAAAUAUAGCCGGACAGGAGUACGAGCUUUCUUGGUUAAAAUAUUAUAAGGAAUUACAAAAUCAUCCCAUUUCGAAGUAUUCUUUAAGGGGUUACGAUCUGACUCAGAAGGAAGAUUUUAUGGAUGCACUUAAAAACAUCUUCUUCAAAUUCACAGGAGCCAAGCAAUUUGAGAAUGACAUCAUUUUUAAUCACAAUUACACUGAUAUUGUCGCCAGUCGCUUUUUAUUCUUAGCGAAAGAUGUUUCGAAUAGAGUAACAGAAUUCAAAAUAGUAAACGAUUUAUCGAAAAUAGCCGAAGAAGCGCCAUAUUCCGUUGUAAUCCAUACAUUGAUAACACCUGUUAUGGAGCAAGGAAUCGUUAUCAGACAAAUAUCGUUUCAACUGUUCUGGAUCACUUCCUUGUUAAUCUUCGGCAUUUUUGUUUCUUUAAUUCCGAAUUUGCAUUGCGCUCUUAUUGUCGCUAUCUGCGUCGUGUCCAUCACCCUGCAGACGAUAGGAUUUGUGUCUUUAUGGUCAGUCAAUUUGGAUAUCGUGUCUCUGAUUAGCUUGACUCUUUGCAUCGGAUUUUGUGUCAAUUAUCCCACUCACAUAUGCUAUUGUUUCAUUAAUUCAUCACAAGCAACGACUGAAGAAAAGUUAAAAGAUUGUUUAUGUCACGUAGGUUUCCCGUUAAUUCAAGGGGCAAUUUCUACUGGAUUAGUAUUGUUAAUCGUCGCCUAUUAUAAUAUAUUUGUAUACACCAUUUUCGUUAAAAUCGUUUUCGUAAUUGUACUGCAAGCCACAUUUCACGCAUUGUUUGUUAUUCCUACAAUCAUCUCGAUAACUUCGUUAUUUACAAAAGGAUGUCAAAAUAGCAGAGAAUCCACAUUCUGCGGAUGCACGUAG